AUGCUGAGCUCUCGAGCUUCCUGUAAAUGGCGGUCGGAGGAGGAAGUGGAUAUGGACAAAGUGACGGCCGCUAUGGUGCUGACGAGCCUCUCUACCAGCCCGCUGGUGAGGAGCCCACCUGUGAGAGUCAGUGAGGGUCUGAGUGGAUCGUGGAAAGACAACGGCUCGGCCGGACCCUUCACCCCAUCGAGCAACAGCUCCUCGGGGGGCUACUGGAGCUGGUCUGCUCCGAGCGAUCAGUCCAACCCCUCCACACCAUCCCCACCGCUCUCUGCAGACAGCUUCAAGCCCUUCCGUGUACCCAGCCUGGGAGGGGUGGGGCCUGGCCCCGCAGGACCUGAAGACCCCAUUCUGGAUGAGCAGGACGGGAGCAGCCUGCUCUUUGAUGAGCCCAUCCCUCGCAAGCGCAAGAACUCCAUGAAGGUGAUGUUCAAGUGCCUGUGGAAGAACUGUGGCAAGGUGCUGAGUACUGCCGCUGGCAUUCAGAGACACAUCCGCACCAUCCACCUGGGUCGUAACUGUGACUCAGACCUCAGCGACGGUGAGGAGGACUUCUACUACACGGAGAUUAAGCUGAACACGGACUCGGUGGCCGACGGGCUGAGCAGCCUGUCCCCAGCUUCGCCCUCUGUCCUGUCUCCCCCGCCUCCUCCCCCGUCUCCUCUCCCCUCGGUCAGCCAGCUGCCAGACUCCCAUAAACCGACUCAACCCUCUGACACCAAGGAGCCCCACGCCGGCGGCACCACGCCGCUCAGCCGCUCUGCACCCAGCGCUCUCUACCUCAUCCACACAGACCAUGCCUACCAGGCCACGGCUCCAGUGUCCAUCCCGUCCAGCAGCAACAACAACUCGGCCGGCUCGGCGUCCACCAGCUUCACUCCCACCAACAGCUCCAGUUUCAGCAUCUCUUGGCAGUCGCCACCCGUCACUUUCACCGGGACCACGGUGUCUCCCAGUAAAAGCCAAGGAUUUGGUGACCAACGUUCCCAGACCAUUGCAGUGCUUUCGUCCCCUCCCAGAGCCACCGCUGCCCUCAGUCGGAAGGUGCGUGGCGAGGGGAAGAAGUGCCGUAAGGUGUACGGGAUGGAGAACCGCGACAUGUGGUGCACCGCGUGCCGCUGGAAGAAGGCCUGCCAGAGAUUCACUGACUGAUCGUCCCCCGCAGCUCGCCAGACAAACAAGCCAUGCAGUUUUCCAGCUGAGGAAAACAAGGGGAAAAGGGGGGGGGCGUCAUCCUGCAUGCAUUCGGUUUUCUUCAGAUCAACAUCGCAACUGUCUGUCAGCUAUGGCCCCGCCCUCGUUCUCCGGCUCCGUCCCACACCCCACCCAACCUCAUCAGCUCCACUGAACCAUUCCAGCUGUGGAAGCAACCGCAGGACGGCAGAGUCACCUUUCACAUCGCCGUCCGGGAUUCCCAGCGUGGGCUCGCCAUUCCCUUCUUUCCCAGUUUUUGGGAAAACCUCGGUGCAGCUAAACAGUGUAAAGAAAAAAAAAAAGAUUUCUGCAGUUUUUUUGUUUUCUUUUUUUAAUGUUGGGUUCAGUGUUGCAUCUUUCUAUGUUUUGUACAGCUCUGGUUUUUAAAUGAAAGUCUUGUCAAAGAAGGGGGUUGAGAAAAAGGCCAAAUGAUUUUUUUUUUUUUUUAAGUGUGUGUUUUCUCAAAAGAUUAGAGUAAAAAACACUUUUUUAUUCAAAAGAAGAAGGGAACUCUCUGAAGUCCGUUUUAAGAAAGCUAUGAAAAAGCACGUGGAGGUAAAGCUCGCAGUUUUUGUUCUUCCUUCGACUUGUUCGUCCCUUUGUAUCCAAUUCUGGACUUUGAGGUGAUCUUUUAUCACGGUCCCUCACGCCUCCCGGACAGCACCGAGGGAAUGCAUGACAACUUUGCAACCGAAAACUCCAAAACUUUAUCCUGUCCUUCACGUUUUGUUUUGUUUUUUUUGGUUAAGGUGCCAUGUUUAGUGUAGUCGGUGUCAUUUAUUUCUUUUUCUUUUUUUUGGUGAAACUAAGACUGCUUACCUACCUGCUACUACGAUGUGUGUUAAAGACCCUCCUCAUAGCACUGGAAGUCAGCAGCAACGUUCAAUGCAGUCGCCCUCCUGCACCAACUUUUACUCCAACAAAUUAAGUUUGUUUACAUCUGCCACAAAGGCGUCUCCCGAUGACCUAAUAUCCAAAAGAAGGGAGGGCUGAAAACCCAAAGUGAGAUACUUUUUGUGUAACGCAGUUCCUUUGCGGUCCCUUUUAAAAGCUGGAAGUGUUUCCGCGUCAUCUCCUGACUGGACGUUACAGAAAGAGUAAUAAUAUUUGUCCGCCCGCUUGCGGCUGCUCCCCCUUAAAUUCUCUGCAGCAAGCUUUUGUUUUCAUUUUGGGAGAGCAAAGCGGCACUUAAUUAAGUCACUCCUUUGGCGUUUAACUUAAUUCACUCAGAACGCAAAGCUUUGGCUCACGAGAGUCUGUGUGAUUGGCUGCUGAGGUGAGAGCAGGUUGAAAAGCCUCCUUUCUUCCGCCUCAGAGCCAGGAAGUAGAAUCACGAGGCCCGAGCGUUUACAAACGCGGACCAACUCUUUCCAUCUGCUUUCUAAGAUCGUCCUGAAAGCCUCGACCUUUUUUGGGAGGGUUUCUGUCAAACACACUCUCUCACACGCACACUCGCGCACAAACAGGCUUCAUCAGAGUUUCUAAAAACCAACACCAGCUGAUAAACUCACACACACUCGUCCAGUUUAAGCGCCUGAAAGUCGUGGCGCUCUCUUACUUUUGAUCAGCUGUUUCUAGUUUGUUCCUGUAUCCUGUAUAUAUUUGUUUUCCUUUUACGCUCCUUUUUUGUUUUAAUGACCGCCAACCUCUGUCAUCACAAAUGCCACCUUAUGAACGAGCCAUGCUGUAGGCGCAGCCUUCAAGUCACUCUUUGAAAGGCCAUCGUGCUUGUUACAGUGAGGUUUUGUCAACAUGUUACUGUUUAAGUCAAAUCUAUUGUCUGGAAAGAAACAGUUGCAUUUAAAACUAAAAACAUGAAACUAA